CGCUCUGACAAGUUGUUGGAAGUCUUUCUGCUGAGCUGGAGCGUUGCAGCCGCUCGCGCCCGGCAUUGCUGCCUCGCAGCCACUGUCUGCACGCAUCUCUCCUCUGACUAGACGUGGACUCACGCGCACACGCGAGGAUUUUUCUUUUUUUUUUUUUUACUUACUCAUUUUGUGCACCGGGCUCAUUCUCGCCGGAGCCGCCGAGCAGUGCGCUCAGAGCGCGCGUUGUAGCACGUAAUUCGAUGUUUUAUGGAAUAUACCUUCAAAACCAGCGAUACAUGCGGAAGACACGAGGGGCAGGGGGGAACGAUGCCCAGGAUACAGUGAAAGGAGAGAGGAGGAAGACAGCGAGGAAUUUCUGAUGACAGUGGAUCGUGUUGUCUCUGCCUCGCUCCUUAACGACCAUGCUUUAUUUUCAGCUGGUGAUUAUGGCUGGGACGGUAAUGCUGGCGUAUUACUUCGAGUACACCGACACUUUCAACGUGCAUGUGCAGGGAUUCUUCUGCCACGACAGCUCCUACACCAAGCCCUAUCUUGGACCCGAGGAGUCGAGCGCUAUUCCCCCCGCGAUCCUGUAUGCAGUGGUGGCUGGAGUGCCAGCUCUUGUGAUCACUGCCACGGAGUCCGUGCUGUUUCUGCUGCAGUAUGUGUCUGAGGACCUUGACAACCGGGAAAAGAUUAUCGUGAUGGGGGACUGCUGCUACCUCAACCCCCUGGUGCGCAGGACCUUCCGAUUCCUGGGCGUGUACGCCUUCGGCCUGUUCGCCACGGACAUCUUUGUGAACGCCGGCCAGGUGGUGACAGGGAACCUGGCUCCUCACUUCCUCACAGUGUGCAGGCCCAACUACACAGCCCUGGGCUGCCAACAGGCUGUCCGCUUCAUCAGCCAGCAGGAGGCGUGCACCGGCAACGAGGACGACAUCCUGCGUGCCCGCAAGUCCUUCCCUUCCAAAGAGGCUGCCCUCAGCCUCUACGCCGCGUUGUAUGUCGCGAUGUACAUCACUUGCACUGUGAAGACCAAAGGAACACGCCUGGCAAAGCCUGCUCUGUCCCUGGGCCUCAUGUGUCUGGCCUUCCUGACUGGAAUCAACAGAGUGGUAGAGUACCGGAACCACUGGUCCGACGUCAUUGCUGGCUUCAUCGUCGGAGGAGCCAUAGCAACAUUUAUGGUGGUUGGCGUGGUACAGAACUUCAAAGGAAAGCCCCUGCUGAGUGAAAUCCCACCGGCGGAAAACCUGGACAGCGCUCCCAUGAUCGCCCACCCCCGAGAGGAGAACCCCCUGGAGAAAUAUAUCACCACCCAGAAUCCCAUCACUUUUGCGGAGGUCACAUGACCCUGAAGAGGCCAGAUGCCUCACAACGCCAUCGCUCUUCUCCGUCUGGUCGCUGUAGUUGGAGUGCCUCGCUAAUCCUGACUUCUGUCCAAUCUGUCAAGUUUUAUUCGACUGCAUCAGUGUUACAUGUCCUCAGUGCCAAUGGAUGCAUUGCAGAGACUGGCUGCAUUUACCCUGCCCCUCUCCCCAUUUAUUAAAUUGACCAUUUAAUGGAAUGUGGAAUACCCACGAAUACCCAUGAAAGCCCUAUUUUUGUAUAAACCUUUCCAUAGCUUAUCCUUGCUCAUUGUGUUCUGUGGGCGAAACACUGUACAUGGAUUGAAGUGUAAUCUGACUGCAUCACGAAACAUAGUAAAGUCUUGGUAUAAUUUUUUUGUUUCGUUGAUGUAUUCCGGUGCCAUUAUUUACACUUAUUUAUGCACCAUUUUUAUUUUUCUAUGUAUUUAUGCCAGUGUGAGUUUUCAUGUAUAUGUGUAUACAAAAAAUCUAAAGAUGACAUGCUUUUAGUUUGUAGAACUCAGACAGGUAGCAUGAACUCUCCAGUGUGUUUUUACAUCACAAUAUUUAUUCUGUGAAUGCCACUU